GUUUCCGGCAGGCCAGCGGGCCGCGCUCACACUGGACAAACAAAAGCAGACGGUUGCGUGCGUGCGCACGUGCACUAACACAAAUCUGCGUUUCGAUGCGACCGUCCUUUGACGGUGGACAACGACGCGCACAAGGAUGAGGAUGAAGAGAGGGAGGAGAACGCGCAGAGGAUGGAGCUGCGCGCCUCGCAGCAUGGCGAUACAGCGUGCUUCAGGCGAUGCCUGCAGUGCGAGCGAGAUAUAGGUGCCCCACGCUGUUUGGGGGUACAUGUCGCUCUGUCCGCACGGCUCGCACAGCAAAGCUGCGCGCCAACUCGUUGCAGCACGUGGCGACGAGGAAAAGGCAGCGGAGGCGCAGUGCCGCGACGAGAAGAGAGAAGAGAAUGGGCAAGAUUGUGGAGACUCUUGCGGGGCACCUGGAGCCGCAAAAAGGACUCUGCGAACCUGGUCGUGAAAACACAAAGCCAGCUUACGAGGAAUAAUUCAUCAAGAGGGCACCCUUGAAAGGCAAUAGGGGCCACCUUCCCAAACUUGAGUUGGGUGUGAGACGGAGGGCAUUGCAAGGAACGGACAGCUUCGUCCCUCUGCCCAGGCUAAAACCACCACAAAUCGUGCAGUAUAUAACUGGCAUCCUGCUACCCUCGACCCAAGACGUGACAAGAGAGUGAUGCAAAGCAGGAGCACGGACAAUGAUGUUUCUGAAGAGUAGCGGCUAUACAACCUUUGGCCAGACAGGGCGGCUUUGGGAACCGUCAUCCCCCUCAACACCGCCUGGAAAUCAACCACGGAACUGUCAUUCGCACUAAUUCCAGCAUGCCUGGCAGCAGUGACAAAAGCAGCAUGCUCAGCGUGCGCGGCUUGUUGAGGGUAGAGGCUAGGGAGGGGAGCAAACAACCCUCUAAUGAAAUUCCCGUCGCCGUCGAUUUGGACAGCAGCUAUGCCUGCUCUCGCCAAGAUGUCGAACCUUGGGUGGAAGCAUGGCAAUUCGCCUGGGCAUCGUUGCUGCAUGGGCUGGUGGGAAAAGGCGAAGCGUCAAGAGCUGUUUCCAAGACGGGCACCCUCCCCGAACAGAUCUCGACAUUCUGCCUCGAUACGACCGUGUUCCGACUGGGGUCGGCUAAUCGGCGGCCCUCCGUCGUAGCUCCCCCCACAACUCCUCCGGGCACGCCUCGCCCACCACGCUCGCGCGCCGCCCUGCUCGCGCAGCCACCCGGCAGGCAGCCCACGGCGGGCCUGCGCCGCGGCCCCUUUCGCGCCGAGCACACCGAGCUCGUGGCCCAACCAGGCGUCUGGUCGAUGCCCGGGGGCCCGAUGCAGCUCCCGACGGCGCUCCUGUGGCAGUGGCAGCCCGGCACGCCGCAGACGAGCACACUCGAGGUGAGCUCCUGCAUCCACGACUGGACCAUCUACGAAGGUUUCACGAACAUCCUCCUCAUCAUCAUCACUGAUCUGCGUCAUCAGCAUCGUCAUCAGCAUCAUCAGGUCCAGGAUGCGGAAGCAUCGUCAUCAGCAUCAUCAGGUCCAGGUCCUCGUGCACCUCGGACUUCGGGCGCGUUGGCCUCAUCGAGGCCCAGGCCGGACCUGCUCAUCUGCGACGCUCUGUGAUGAUAGGCACCCGAUUCAUGCCGUGGGGGCGCCGGGUGCCUACGUACGUAAGUAUGCCAUGCAGGACCGACGGUGGGGGGCAGAGCAGCAGCAGGCGCCAGGCUAGCGGCACCAGACAGCAGGCAAUGGCUACGGACCAGCAUCAGAACAUCGAUGAUGUCUCGAGCGGCAGUCGUGGCCAAGACAAUGAAUUCGAGGACCCCCCCCUCUCAGGAGCCCAUAAACGAUCAUCACGAAUGAUCAGGCAUUCCGAAC